UUGAAGUGAGAAAACAUAUACUUUUCUCGCUUCAACUUAUUGCACCAGUUCAGCGGUGAAGCAAAAACGAACAGACCUAAUGUUACUUCGUCCACACUGUACUUCUACGUGACGUUUCGAGUGUGGAUUUGGAACCUACUACCUUUUUUUAAAAGUUUUGCAUCCUCAUCUGUAUUUUGGGCAAUAUGAAAGUCGUACUUGUGACCGGCGGUACUGGACUUGUUGGCAAAGCCAUUCAAAGUGUUAUUGCAAGCGAUAAGAGGGAAGACGAAAAGUGGAUAUUUAUUGGCUCCAAAGAUGCGGAUUUGUGCGACAAGGGGAGUACUCGCAGAUUGUUCGAUGAACACAAACCGACACAUGUUGUUCACCUAGCUGCCAUGGUUGGUGGGCUUUUCCACAACAUGUCUCACAAUUUGGACUUUCUGCUGAACAAUAUCCAUAUGAAUGAUAAUGUCCUCCAUACCGCUCACGAACACAAUGUUGUCAAAGUUGUUUCGUGCCUUUCCACUUGUAUAUUUCCAGAUAAGACAACUUAUCCAAUCGACGAAACCAUGGUUCACAAUGGACCACCACAUCCUUCAAAUUAUGGUUAUAGUUACGCCAAACGGCUCAUAGAUAUCGCAAAUAGAGGCUACCACGACCAACAUGGUAGGCUGUAUACCAGCGUGAUUCCUUGCAACGUGUUUGGUCCACAUGACAACUUUUGUCCUAGCUCAAGUCACAUUAUACCUGGCUUGAUGCGCAAGCUUUACGACUUGUGCAAAGACGGGAAUACAGAGGAUAAGGUGUUCACUGUGCUGGGUUCCGGCAAGCCUUUAAGACAAUUCAUCUAUAGCAUAGACUUGGCGAAAUUAAUAAUCUGGGUGCUUCGUGAAUACAAUUCCGUAGAACCAAUCAUAUUGUCAGUGGCCGAAGAGGAGGAAACGUCUAUAUCGAAGGUGGCCGAGACUCUGGUGCGAGCUUUCGACUUUAAAGGCAAAGUAGUGUACGAUACAUCGGCAGCGGACGGCCAGUACAAGAAAACGGCAAGUAACGUGAAAUUACGAAAGCACUUGCCCGACUUUCAAUUUACACCUUUCGCACGGGCGAUUAAGGAGACUGUCGAUUGGUACAUAGAGAAUUAUGACCAGGCGAGAAAUUGAACGGCCAAAGAUCAAAUACACACACACACACAUACACAUACAUAUAUAUAU